AUGGGGAUUGCUGCCCACCUUUUGAUGUCCAUGAUGACGAAACCAUUCUGCACGGCGGCGGCGGCGGCAGCGACACGAGAACGAUUUGCGACAGCACCAACCUCGGACGAAGCGUCUUGCGUACAACGUCCUCCCGUUGGCUUGGACUACUAUCCAAGCAUCCAGGCGCACUGCCCUCAUCCUCCGGUGAUUGACCAAGACCAGUGGGUUGCCGACACUUUGGUGUCCUGGUUUUUGACGAAUACGACUCAAACACCAGAUGGAUUCUAUUGGCAUUCCAAUUUGACAAUUCAUAGGAGAAAGAAGAAGAAGAACGCUUUAUCACCAUUUGGGUCGUCGUCGCUAGGUAUCUUUGCGACCGGUAGCAUCGCCAGAGGCGAGCGUCUGGUUGCGUUUCCACCACUAGAUACGGACAAUAUUGAGAUGUCAACAAUAACUCUACUCAUGGACCUGCUCUGCUACAACUGUCCCUCCCAUGAUGAUCAUCGUAACCCAGUCCAUAUCAAAGAGAGCAGCACAACCACCAUUCUUGCGGAUCAUGGCACGGAGGCUAGCGCUGCAAAGGAUCUACAACAAGGCGACGAGCUUUCCUUUGGCGAAUCAAGUCUCUUAUUGCCAUGGUGCAAUCAUUGGUUAUUGAAAAGAUGA